AGAAAAAGAAAAAGAAAAGAAAAGAAAAAGCGUUGAAUUCCCCCCCCCCCCCUCCUCCCCUACAACAGCUCAGAGCCGAUGCAGAGCUAUGCCUCCGAUGGGUCUGCGGAGUCCGUAAUCAUUAUGUCAGGCAACAGGAACAGGAUCCGUCCUCGUACUAGUUCAUUCAGAAGCAACAAUGGAUGGAAUACGGGACCCAAUUCUCGCUGGGAAGGAGACGCAAGUAACUAUGUCGAUGCUCUUGCCGCGCCUUAUUCUUUACCAACGCUGAACAAGAGGAGGAUAUGAUACUCAGGGUACAAAGUUCUUUUCAAUACCCUUGGAAGAGUUUGAUUAAACUCCAAAAAGAUUCGGCAUUUUAUUUGCGGGUUUAAAUAGUCAAUUUGGAAAGUCAAAAUUUACUAGAUAAUUGGACGAUAAUGCCGCAUGACAGCUGCAACAAUCACGGAACAGGAGGGAUUAUAGCCGAAUCUGUCAGGGAGGACUCCGAGUUUGACAUCGUCCUCCCGGCUCCGCCAGAAUCUACCCCAAGUAUCAUUAAUUCCCAGCGAUUGAUACUCCGUGAAGUCCGUGACUCAGAUGCAGAGGGCCUAUUUGCCAUCCGCUCGAGAGAGGAUGCUGUGAGGACACUGAGAUGUGACUUGGCUUCCUGUCUUUUGUUCUAUUUAUUUUGUUCCGCCUUCUUCCUUCUUAAAUGCUUCCGUUCCCCUUCAUCCGGCAAAAGGCAAUCUUCCGCCUGUUUAAUAUAUGGCUGACGUCCUGUGUUAUGUUAGUUGGCCCUUUAUACCUGAUGCAGAUGUCUCCGCCACCAGAAAAUGGAUGGCCCUAAAGACGUUCACCGCCCCACCCUGCGCUGUAGGGCUUAGUUAAAAAUUCGUCAUGCUGCAUGUUGAUAGCCCAGCUGGGCGCAUUAUAGGCACCGUGGGUAUAAGCGAGUUGGUACCCGUGCCAACUCUAGGGUAUCUUACUCACCUAGAGGAGUGGGGUAAGGGAUUGGGACAGAAGCGACCUCUGCAAUGAUCAAUGCAUGGUGGAGCUUGUCGAAGAGAGGGGAAAAUAGGAAAUGAGACAAGCUAUAUGUGGUAUGCAACGAGAAAAACAUGGAGAGCUUUAAGGCGUUGAAAUGCGGGUUUCAGGUUGUCAGGGAGCAGACGAUGGAGGAUAGUGCAGUUUUGAAGAAUUUCGAAUUGGAAAGACCAGAUUGGAGUUUGAGACACUGUAUUUCUGCUUUACUUCCUCUGUUUCCUCUUGUCUGGUAAUUAUUUCUCUGUUUCUGCUUUGAACAGAUAUGUGGCAUGUCCCUCUGGAAAGCCAGUCAGGAUUGCUUUUGCAAAAUGAGUCAAAUUUGUGGCGGGGGAGGUACUGUGCAAGGGUUUCGUCAUUUACAUUCGUCCAGUCUCCCAGGGAGAGGUGAUAUAGCGAAACCUGAAGAAUACAUGGUCAUGUGGGCAUCCAUUUUAUCCACACGUGUAAACAAGGUGUUGUUGCCUGGCUUUCAUAUCAAGAUAUCUGUAAUUGCGUCGUAUCAUAGUUGGUGCCUAGGUGGGAAUGAACCGAAGCUGUAUCGAUAUCUGAUUAGCUUUGAUCAAUAAGAAUGCGUGAUUGUUCCCUUUUUAACCAGAUCUAUGGAUUUAUUUCCCGGAAAAGCAUCCAUGGAUGGUAGCAG